AUGUCAGCUUGUAAUAUGACUUUAACCCACCCAGCGGUCUUCUUGUUGGUGGGCAUCCCAGGCCUGGAGCACCUUCACAUUUGGAUCUCCAUCCCCUUCUGCUCAGCCUACACGUUGGCCCUGCUUGGCAACAGCAUCCUCCUUUUUAUCAUUUGGGCUGAUUCAGCCCUUCAUGAAGCCAUGUACUUCUUUUUAGCCAUGUUGGCAGCUAUUGAUUUAGUUCUUUCCUCUUCAACACUGCCAAAAAUGCUGGCCAUAUUCUGGUUUAGAGAUCAAGAGAUCAGUUUCUAUGCCUGUCUGGUCCAGAUGUUCUUUCUCCACUCGUUCGCCAUCAUGGAGUCAGCAGUGCUCCUGGCCAUGGCCUUGGACCGCUACGUGGCCAUCUGUAAGCCACUACACUACACCACAAUCCUGACUGGGCCCCUUAUCACCAAGAUUGGCAUGGCCGUUGUGACUCGGGCUGUGACACUAAUGACUCCACUCCCCUUUCUGCUCCGACGCUUCCCCUACUGCCGGGGCCGAGUGAUUGCUCACUCCUACUGUGAACACAUGGCUGUGGUAAGGCUGGCGUGUGGGGACACCCGCUUCAAUAAUAUCUAUGGCAUUGCUGUGGCCAUGUUUAUUGUGGUGUUGGACCUGCUGUUCAUCAUUUUGUCUUAUAUUUUCAUCCUUCGGGCAGUUCUCCAGCUUGCCUCUCAGGAAGCCCGCUACAAAGCAUUUGGGACAUGUGUGUCUCACAUAGGUGCCAUCUUAGCUUUCUACACACCUGUAGUCAUCUCGUCAGUCAUGCACCGUGUAGCUCGUCAGGCUGCCCCUCAUGUUCACAUUCUUCUUGCCAAUUUCUAUCUGCUCUUCCCACCCAUGGUCAAUCCCAUCAUUUAUGGUGUCAAGACCAAGCAGAUUCGGGAGCGGGUCUUAGGACUACUCCAGAGAAAGGAUGCAAAAGAAAGGUGA